CCGCUUGCUCAAGGAGGCGCCGCCGCCGCCGGGAUCUCUCUGCUGGGAGCGAACCCCGGGUUGGGGGUGGGGGGAGCGGGCUCCCCCUCGCGAUCGGCGGGGACUGCCAGUCCUGUGGAGCAAGGAGGCGGUCCCGGAGGCCCGGCGACGCCCGGGGAGGAGGAGCCGGAGUCGCUCGAAGGGCUGACAUGAGCGACCGGCUGAGUCCUGCCUCGGGCAGCUAGGGGUGGGCCCGGCAGCCCCUCCACUGUCCUCGGAACCUCGGAAUCUCGGGGGAUGGAGCCAAAUACCUGUAAGACCAGCGAAUCAGAGGAGGAAGAGGAGUCUGAGGAGGAAUGUGUUAAAGAGGAAGCUGCCAUCCCUUCUAAGCCUGCUCAGCAGGAACCCCCAAAGGCUGACUCUAAGGAAUUUGGGGAUGGAGUUCCCUUAUCUAUCGUAGCCAAGAAAAUUCCAAAGAAAAUCAUAGCUCCAACGGACUCAGAUGACUUAGAAGUUGGGAGGAGAAAGAGAAGGCGGAAACGCAGACCCCUGGCCAUCAACCUGACCAACUGCAAGUAUGAGAGCGUGCGUCGGGCAGCUCAAAUGUGUGGCCUCAAGGAGGUGGGGGAGGACGAAGAAUGGACUGUGUACUGGACAGACUGCUCUGUCUCACUUGAACGAGUCAUGGACAUGAAGAGGUUUCAGAAAAUCAACCAUUUCCCUGGCAUGACGGAAAUCUGCCGCAAAGAUCUGCUGGCUCGGAACCUCAACCGCAUGCAGAAACUCUACCCCACGGAGUAUGACAUCUUCCCCCGCACCUGGUGCCUCCCUGCAGACUACGGGGACUUCCAGUCCUAUGGUCGCCAGCGAAAAACCCGCACUUACAUCUGCAAGCCAGACAGCGGCUGUCAGGGGCGCGGCAUCUUCAUCACCCGAAAUCCCCGGGAAAUCAAGCCGGGAGAGCAUAUGAUCUGCCAGCAGUACAUCUCCAAGCCCUUCCUCAUCGAUGGCUUCAAGUUUGAUAUGCGAAUCUACGUCCUCAUCACAUCCUGUGACCCUCUUCGGAUUUUCAUGUAUGAGGAGGGCCUGGCCCGCUUUGCCACGAUGCCCUACACGGAGCCCAGCAACAGCAACCUGGAUGAUGCCUGCAUGCAUCUGACCAACUAUGCUAUCAACAAACACAACGAGAACUUUGUCCGAGAUGACACUGCGGGCAGUAAGAGGAAGUUGUCGACACUCAACGCCUGGCUGCGAGAACACAGCUACGACCUCCGGGAGCUGUGGGGGGACAUCGAGGACAUCAUCAUCAAAACCAUCAUCUCCGCCCAUUCUGUUCUUCGCCACAACUACCACACCUGUUUCCCCCAGUAUCUGAGCGGAGGUACAUGUGCCUGUUUUGAGAUCCUUGGUUUUGACAUCUUGCUGGACCACAAGCUGAAACCCUGGCUGUUGGAGGUGAACCACUCUCCAAGCUUCACCACCGACUCCCGCCUCGAUCGAGAGGUGAAGGAUGCGCUUCUCUGUGACGCCAUGACGCUUGUCAACCUCCGGGGCUGUGACAAAAGGAAGGUGAUAGAGGAAGACAAGCGGCGAGUCAAGGAGCGGCUAUUCCAGAGCCACCAGCAGCCACGAGAAGCCAGGUGGUCCAGGCGAGAACAAACCGAGUUGUCGCACGCAGCGAUACAGGACCAGGAGCGCUAUGAAGACGCCCACCUCGGGGGGUACCGGCGCAUCUAUCCUGGGCCCGACACGGAUAAGUAUGCACCUUUCUUCAAGUACAACGGCUCCCUCUUCCAGGAGACUGCUGCUUCCAAGGCCAGAGAGGAGUGUGCCAGGCAGCAACUGGAAGAGAUCCGCCUUAAGCAGGAACAGCAGGAGGCCUCAGGCAUUAAGAGGCGGAAGGAGAGCCGGGACCAGAACCAGGGGGAAUCAGCGGGGGAGAAGAGCCGAUCCAGGGCCAGCGGGUUCCGGGGCCAUCCCACCUACUUGGCUUACAGGAACCGGAACCGGGAGAAAGAGUUGCUAUCUGUGCACAUGGACACCAUGCAUCCUCAAGCAAUCGUGGAAGAGGAGGAGCUGGAGCGGAUGAAGGCCUUGCUACAAAGGGAGAAUCUCAUCCGAAGCCUCGGUAUCGUAGAGCAACUCACUCACAUGCUGCACCCCAGCCACCGGGGCCAGAGAAAACUCCGCGAGUACCGGCCUAGAUUUCACCAGGACGGGCUGGGCAGUCAAGAACUGCAAUCUGUGAGUCUGGUCCCACUGGGCCUCCUGAGAGGGGCUGCCAAAGAGCAGGGCCCUCCUCAUUUCCUGCAUCCAGUUCGGCCCGUAGAGUUGAUCCCAAGGAUCUUAGGGCCACUGCCAAGCAUGAAUGCUGCAAUUCCACAUCACUCCUGGUGCCACCUACAGCCCAAGAACUUCAACUGGAUAGGAGAUCCAGCAGCCACCCGCCCCCGUUCAUUGUCAAUGAAGGCAUGUGGAAGGCGCUAUUUUUCCAGUGCCAGAGUUAGGCUCGCUAGCCAAGGCCAAGCCAGCAGAAGGCUAGAAGCUAUAAACAGAGCCCUGGCAGGAUCAGUGCCAUCCUCCUUAAUCCCAAAGCAGGGCUAUCGCCUCCAACCAGAAAGACUGGCAAGUAGCUCACGGACUGAUUGCACCUUGCCCUCAGCAGUAGACACUGAACACAGUGGACCCAAGGCCCCGGAUCUCGCUCUCUGCCCUGCCUCUGCAUCCCUGAUGCAGCAUACCACUGCACUCCUUGACAUCAGCCACAAGUAAAUGCAGGAUGGAAGCCCAGCACUAAACCUCUCUCAGAGAACCCCCUCAGGUUUCCAAAGGCGCAGAGGGCCUUCAAUCUUGCUAAAAGAAAGAUUGCCUCCAAGCUUCAGAUUGAAAAGCCCUGGCCAGGAACCCUGUUUGCACAAGGCAAAACCCGAAGACAUCAAGAAUUCCUCAAUACCCUCAGGUUAUUUUCAGAUCCGUAGACUCAAAGAUGAAGAGGGCCCAGGGCCGGCCCUGUACUCAUCUCCGCCCUUCAAACCUUAGCCUGGAUUUACCGCUAGGCGACGGGUCUGAACGCUGAGUGCGGCCCGGGGCUGGAGGGCAUUCCGGCGACAAGAAGCCCCCUUCCCAGAAGAGCCGAGUGCCCAAGGCACGGGGCAGUCACCAUCGGAUGACCACCGAGGGGACGCCCUUCCCGCUGCCGUGGGGGAGACAGGCCGGCCUGGACAGCCGUCGGGGCGGAGGGGCGGCUCUUGGCAAAAGACUCCGACUUUUAAUUAAAGUUUAUGGCGUUUUCCAGGA